GCGGUAAAGGUUUUAUCCAUCAUCAGAUUUCUGGUGCUAGAGAUGGGGGGCCGAGCGGGUCGGCUUGGACGCGUCGACGGGGGCAUACAGUGUCUUCUGGCCCGGAGAGCAGCUGAACUGGGUCUUGUAAGACAAGGAAACGGACGGUGCGAGCCACCCGGUCACUGACAACGUCGUGGAAGGGAAGCCAAUCCUGCACCACCAAUCACCUUAAAGAUCCAAGAGGGUCAGGCGAUGAGGAUCUGUGUUAAGACUAUGAAAGGGUAUUCGAUUCAGCUGUUGGUUAAUCCCGGUGAUACCGUGGAGCAAAUCAAGGCUAUGAUUUUUUUCAUGGGAGAGCUCCCGGCAUGUACCCAGAGACUGGUAUGUUUUGGAAGGCAGAUGCAGGAUUACUUCACUUUGUCCCAUUAUGGAUUCGACCAAGACGGGAUCGUCGUUAUACAUUCGGCGAGAUGGUUAUGCCGUAGCCUGUAUAGCAUGAGCGGUCCUGUAAAGGGAAAUGUGCUCCUUUACGCGUGCGGCAGGGGAACCAGCCGCAUGACACCAAUCUGAGCGCACGAUCAAACCGUCAUCCCUCGUCUGCUCGGGUGGCGGGCAAUGGAGAGGCUUGCAUGCUCUCUCUCUCUCUCUCGCGCAUGGAAAAUCUCGAGUCACCAUCUCCGGCGGCAGAGUGAGUGGAUAAUAUAAUCA